GAAAUCAAAUAACAAAGAAAAAACUCAAGAACUUUAAGGAUAUAAGAUUUUUUAUAGUACCGUUUAAACGAUGAAUAUAUAUGUCUGCCUAUGCGUAUGAAAAGUACAAGUUUUGAAAAAGAAAAAAAACAACGAAAAAAAGCUAAAAAUAUUGUUGUAAAUUUUUGCGAAUGAAAUUAAUCCUUAAAGGAGAUAGAUGAAAAAUUCAAACCUGAGCUAAAAUACUCUUAUAGCAAAGAUGUAAUUAAAAUUUUUAGUACUGCGAAAUUGGUUGAAUACGUCUUUUAUUAGAGAGAUACGGAUAAUAUGUAUAUACGUAUAUAAUCGUGUUAGAAUAUAUUACACAUACGCGCAAACGUUUAAAUGAAUGUUUUAUUAUAAAUGACGUACGCUAAUAUAAAAAAUGGCAGUGGAAGAGGAUUUCAAAACAAUAAAACUGAAAACUUCAUGUGCAAAAUUAAAAAUCGAUCACAAUAUCAUAAGCAAAAAAAAGGAAAUAAACACCGAAGACAAUUAUUAUAUGGUGAAUAUACAAGAAAAUGUUGUCGAAUUCAAGUGUACAUUAUGGAUGCAAACGCCAACAAUCAGUCAGAGCGUAACGAAAAAUAUUCAAUGGAAGGAACAAAUUCAAAAAUGUAUUGGCUGGUCUUUAAUGGAACGAUUAACAUUAUUCAGUUUUUUAUUGAUGUCAUUCGGCAAUAUUGUGAUAUCUCAAGAACUUCAGGAUUUUCAAAAAAACAUUCCUGCGCGUCUAAUCUGGGCAGCAAUAGGAAAAAGUGUCGACUUACCUUGCGAUCUUACACCACCGGCGCCACACGAUUCGGUCAAACUUUUGUUAUGGUUCAAAGAUAUGACUGGUAUUCCUCUCUACAGUUUGGAUUCGCGAGCAGGAAACAUCAAGUUGGCUCCGCAUGCGGCAAUAGCUAGCGACUUGGGGCAACGAUUAUUCUUUUCAAUUGGAGAUAAUCCCAAGGACUCAAGAUUACAAAUACGAGACGUUAAAUCCACUGAUGGCGGGAUAUAUCGUUGUAGAGUUGACUUUUUUAAUUAUCCAACACGUAAUUAUAGGAUUAAUUUAACAUUAGUUGGUCCUCCAGAAGAACCACGAAUUUUUGAUGCACAAGGCAAGGAAAUAUCUCAGAUGGCCGGACCAUUUCGUGAAGGCUAUGAAUUAUUUUUAUGUUGUCAAGUUAAAGGCGGACGUCCUCCUCCAAAGGUUACUUGGUGGAAAGAAGAAAAUGAACUUUUAGGAACUAGUCAUACAUCUAUAGAAGAAGGAGUUACAGUCAUAGUUAAUCAAUUACUGAUCAGUGCAAUAUCACGUGAAUAUUUUGGUUCGAAAAUUCAAUGUCGUGCUCAAGGAAUAAAAUUAAUAGAUCCAGUCAUAAAAGAAGUGAUGGUACAAAUACAUUUAAAGCCGGUGCAAGUAAAAAUUGUUACCCCGAAUGAGUUACUUACCGCUGGACAUCCCACGCCAUUACGUUGUGAGUCAUGGGGAUCAUACCCAGCAGCGAAAAUUACUUGGCUUCUUGACGGAGAACCGAUUAGAAAUGCAGAAAUUACAUCUCACAGCGAUAGAGAGGAUUUAAAUGUUACGACCAGCAUAUUAACCUUAAAGGUAACAUCUGAAAAUAAUAAUGCUGAGCUGACAUGUCGCUCGUCAAAUCCUUGGUUUUCCGGAAGCAUAGUCGAGGACAAACGCGUAAUACGUGUAGCAUAUCCUCCCACUGUUUCGGUGCAUUUAGCAAAUGAAGAUCCGACCAGAAUAAUACUCAGAGCCGAAGGACAAAAUGUUACGUUAAAGUGCCGUGCGGACGCUAGACCGCCCGUUACAUCAUACUCAUGGUUUAAAAACGGUAUGCGUAUGUCUGGAGAAAGUAACGAUAUAUUACAUUUAACACAAUUGGAACGCGAAAGUGCUGGUGCAUACGCCUGCGGAGCAAUAAAUACAGAAGGCGAAACACGUAGUUCUAGUAUAAGCCUAAAAGUUCAGUAUUCACCACGGUGUAAACCCGGCACUGAACAAACGUCGGUCGGUGCAGUUAAUAUGCAAUCCAUACCGAUCAGAUGUGAAGUAGAAGCGGAUCCCUUCGAAUCUGUAAAAUUUAGCUGGACAUACAACAAUACCCGCAAUGUUUCGCCGGUGCUAAAUUCCAGAAUACAAUCGAAAGGCUUAGUAAGCACUGUGACGUAUUUGCCUCAGACUGAUUCUGAACUUAUAACGUUAGCGUGUUGGGCUAGCAACGUCGUUGGCAGGCAAGCCGCACCGUGCUUGAUACAUAUACUAUCCGCAAAUCCUCCCGAAAGUCCAAAAGCAUGCGAAGUACGUAAUGAUACGAUAUUGGAAGUGGUGUGUAUUGCGGGAAACGAUGGCGGUCUGUCACAGUAUUUUGUCUUAGAAGUAAUUGGCGGAGAUUUCUUGGAAAAUACUGAUAUUUUAGCAAGCAUCAAUGAUGUGGUUGGUAGCGCAGAUAGCGAAGUAUCGACCAUGAAUGAUCAGGCAACAACUGCACCUCUAUUUCGUUUGCAAGAAUCGAAUCCGAUCUUCCGUUUAAACAAUUUGGAACCGGGCAGGGAAUAUCAAUUCUUAGUAUAUGCCGUAAAUGCAAAGGGACGUAGCGAUCCGCCAGCAAUUAUUGAAAAAAUUCGCGUGACCACACAAUCGAGAUUGUACGAUGAUUUCUUCUUAUCGGAAGAUCCAACGCCUGCUGGGACCACUCACCAAAUUAGCAGCAACAUUGGACUAAUUGCCAAUGAUAUUGGUGCUACGUUAUCAGUUACACAUGAAAAACAGUCAACUUUGCUCAUUUUAGUAAUUAUUGUCGCUAUAAGCACAACAAUAGUAACGGCAAUUAUUGUCGCGGGAGUCGUUGUAGUUUGUAAAAACCGACCACGACCUCCAGAACCUCAAGACGUGAGAAAAAAUAUGAGGCCAGUUCGAAAUGAUGUUCCUUCAAUGUAUAUAGAAGAAGAUGAAGUUAAUGACGAUGAAAUAAUAAGUAACACCUGUUCUGCUAAUAUACAUUCUCGGUUAGCUUCUUCAACUUUAGACUCACGUCGAAACGUGGCUGCUUUUAGUAAUCCGCAUCAGUACUAUGUUUCAGACGGUUUCGUUCAAUAUGCACAGCCUAGUCUAAAUGAUCCAGAUUUAAUACUGCCGCGUGGGGAAUUGGAAUUUACGACACUGGACCCAAGGUAAAGUUGCAAUCACUUACAAGUGAAUUGAUGAAUUAUAUCAGUUUGUAUUUAUUAUUGUGCAAAUAAUUUCUUUUUAUAUUGAUACACACAUACAAAAAUUAUGUAAAUGAAUUUUCGAUACUAGUAUAUAAUCACAAUAAGUUUAAGACUUUUCCACAAAUCAAAAACUAGCCUAAAACAUAUGUAGGUAGACGAAAAAAUAUGUCUGUAUAGUCAUUUUAAACUGUUGUUGUAAAUCGCCGACAUUUUUCACCAGAAUGCUUCAGUAAGCUGAGCUAAUUUUCUUUUUCUUUUCUUGAUACCUAUCACCGAUACUUUUAUAUUGAAAUUGGAAAAAAUGCUUAAUUAUCUCUUUGUUUACUAAGCUGGUAGACCGAUUGAAACAACUCUGAUCUGAAUAUUUAUGCAUUUGUAGGAAUUAUUGAGAAUUUUUCAAAAAUCUUUUAAUCGCUCUGGUUGAUGAUUUCAUUUAUAAGACUUUGCCGCAAUCUUCUUUGAUAUGUGCAAAGGAAACAAGAGAAUCAAGAAACAUCUUCUAACUGACUGAUAUUUUGCUAGAAGACCAAAGGCACUGCCUUCUGCCAUCUUUAUUUAUCAUGAUUUCUAGGAACGCAGGCAGCUCUCUUUGUUUGCCUAUAAAGCUUAACAUCACCUAUCUUUAGAUUAUUCUUACCAUGCUUUAGAUUUUUCUUCACUUAUUGAGCCCUGAUAAAUAUCUACAAUAAAAUCUUCAUAUCGACGUUCAGAAGCACCUGAAAAUCAUCUAGCUUCCUCUUUCUUCAGGUAAUGAAAUUUCUCGAUUAUUGAAUUGAAACAUUUGCGUCGAUUUCCGAAUUUUUUCGUGCAAUUCAUUUAAGAGCAAUAAGUAUUGAAUUUGAAAAUUAAAUGGAUCAGGUUUAUAUGAGGAGAGACGGAUAAAGUAAAUGGAAAGUAAUGCAUUUUUCUGCCUUCAGGGUGGUGGGUAUAAGAAAAAGAAAAAAAUAUUUUAAAAAUGUUACAAAAUUCAUGUUAAUAUAAAAACUUAAUGCUAGGUUAUAAUCAAUAGUUUUUAAAAUGUUGAAAAUACAGUUAACAAUACGUACAUACAAAGCAUUAAAUUUAACAAAUCAAAUAAAAAUUCCAAUAAAUAUCUGUUCUAUUAGAAUUAAAAAGAAAAUGU